AUGUCUGUCGAGCCCUCCUCGCUCGUGACUGGUGGAUACCAUGGUCCUCCUCCGGCUGGAGCCAGUCCAGGAUCCCUCCAAUGGCUCUUAGACGAAGCAGAGGUGGGGUGGAACGAGCCGCCUGAAGCACAGCCAGAGGAGGUGAAGAAAGAGGAUUUAGACCUCCUGGUUCAGAAGUGCAUGGUCCAACGCUUGUCGGAACGGGUGCAUCUCCGAAGGAGAGUCGAGGUGAUCCACAAGGGCGGCGCUCCGGAAGCGCAGGAGUCCUGUGCAGCCUUAUCCCGAGGCUGUUGGGCCUUGCCUUUGUUCUCCUGCGCCGUGGGGAUCCAGUCGGUGUCCCAACCGAUUCGUGUGUGCCUCUCCGAGAGCAUGCAGCAGUGUAGUCGAUCAGAGGCCCGACUCUUCGCGGGGAUCGACCGAUCCCGCGUCCCUGGCAUCUUUCUGCUCUAUGCGCUGCCCAUCUCCCAGAUUGUUCUUGAAUCCACCGUGGAAGAAAAGCCUCACCACGAGUUCGUCGCCUGCCUCAUGUCCUUCGCCUUGGACCCCAACACCGACCUGCAGGAAGUGAAAAAGCCGAAGUACGCGGUGAACCCCAUCAAGUACUUGGAGAAUGGUGAUGAGGAGGGCGAGGAGGACGAGGAGGAGGACGUCCCGGAGGAUCUGGCCGACUUGGACCCAGAGGAGCAGCAGAAGAGGAUCAAGAUCCGGGCGGCUUACCAGAUGGCCAUGGGAACCCUCUUGGUGCUGAUCUUCUCGGAUCCCAUGGUGGACCUCCUCAGCGAGUUGGGAAAGCGCCUGGAUGUGUCCGCCUUCUACAUUUCCUUUGUCUUAGCGCCCUUGGCCUCUAACGCCAGUGAGCUGGUGGCCGCGUACAACUACGCCAAGAAGCGGACGUGCAAAUCCAUCACAACGUCCUUAAGUACCUUGGAGGGCGCUGCGAUCAUGAACAACACCUUCUGCCUGGCGAUUUUCCUGGCAUUGGUGCAGCAUGGCCUGGGAGUUCUCGGCCGAGACGACCGCCAUUCUCCUGAUCCAGGUGCUGAUCGCGCUGAGCGCGGUCUUUCGACGCGUGCACAGACUCCUGGAUGGGUUCCUCAUCCUGAGCCUCUACCCUCUCUGCUUGGCCACGGUCUAUGUCCUGGAGAAUUACGUGGGCUGGGACUGAGCGUCCGCGGCGGUUUGCAAAGCUCGGAACCCCGCCGCGGUGAGCGGCGGUGA